AUGUCGUACCUGAUACAGGAAAACCAAAAAGUUUCACUAAUCAACGUAAAAGAGUUUAAAUCUUUUGAUGCGGAAAAAAAUGAAACAGGAGAGAACAGAAAUAAUAAUGUACAAGAAGACAAAAAAGAUGGACAUUCAGACAAUAACAUUGCAAAUUCCGGGAGCACAAAUUCAAUAUGUCCUUAUGCUCAUUCAAUUCCAACUGGACAAUCACCGCUGCUUGGUUCUAAGGGAGUAAACCUGAUUCCUACUACAUUAGUUAAAAACAUUCCCAGAGAAAAACGAUUCUCGGCGUGGAAUAUCAUGAGGAUGAAUCGACGAGGCCAUCAAUUUUUUCUCAACAAAAUGCGAAAACACAACAGUAGUGUGUACAAAGUAAAAUGUGAGGAAGAAAGAAUAAUGAUUUGUGAUCACGUUGGCUUGCAAGUGUUGUAUGAUCCUGACAAGGUUGACAAAAUGCUAGGAUUUGGGACAAUGGACUAUAACCCUGUGAUAUUACGAAACUACGUACCAGCAAUGUUUUCGAAUGAUGAAGAACACAGAUAUAAGAAAAACGUAGCUUUGCAAGUUGUGAAGCAUGUUACCAGUACUCACUCGCUCGAGGACUUGAACAAGAUCAUAGCAGAGCAAUUUAGAUCGCUGAAACCAAUUGAGAAUUUGAAUAAAAAGUCUGCCAUGACUCUUGAUUUUGAAGAAGUUAUUCAAAAGGCUGUUGCAAGCGUGAUAACCAAAAUUUUAUUAGGUGAAAAUAUUGAUGAUCUGAAACUUUUGGAAAAUUGGUUGGAAAAAACAAUGGAAUUUCGAUAUGGAUUUGAUUUGACAGAUGAAGAUGAAAUAAGCGUUGCCGACAAAUUGUUUCAAAAACUUGAAGCGACGCCCACUAUUAAGAAUUUGGGAGAAAUUGUGAAAUCGGACAGCUUAAGUGAUAAAGAGAUUGUCAAAGAAAUUAUAUGGAUGACUGUUUUUAAUGCAUUUGGUGGCUGCCAAAAUGUGAUCCUAUCUGCAUUAGCAACCAUAGCCAGGCUACAUGAACGCGAUAGAACGUUGCUCGAGGCUGAAGCGAAUUUAUAUUUAACUAAAACAGACGACCCUGUAACUUUAGAGAGUCUAACUUAUAUCAAUGCAUUCAUUCUUGAAAUCUUAAGACUUUUCCCACCUGCAGUAACUCAGUUUGGGAGAGCAGAAAAAGAUUUUCUAUUAGAAUCAACAUCCGGUACUUUUAAAGUCAACAAAAACGAACUCCUCUGCGGUUAUGUAUAUGCAGUGCAACGUGAUGCGAACUUGUUUGAAAAACCCGAUGAAUUUUCCAUCCAUCGACCCCGGGAGCAAGUAGAACAGUAUAUUUAUACAUUCGGAGGUCAUAUUUCGAAUACUCCGUCAACUGAGAACGGAGAUUGUCCAGGAAAAUACUUAGCUUUAAAAAUUGUAAAGUUAUUCACCAUUCAUUUGCUGAAAUGCACAAUUAUACCGUUCAAAUAUCCAGCAUACACCGGACGAAAUUAUACACGAGGUAUUGGUACAGACGAUCCAAUUAAAAUCCGAACAUUUAUGUACAACCAAUGA